AUGAAACGUGUAGUUGAUGCAAGUGAUGGUAUCCCUGGAGGACUUCAGCGUGAUCAAGACCUAUGUGGUGGAUGCAUGCUUGGAAAGAAUAAUGUCACGCCAUUCCCAAAACAAACAAACCGUGGUAUGACAAAAACCACACGAGUUCUACAACUGGCGCACACAGAUCUCAUGGGACCCAUGAAAGUAACGUCCACCGGUGGAGCAAAGUAUGUGCUGGUCUUCACAGAUGACUAUUCGCGCUACACAUGUGCAUACUUCAUGAAGAGAAAGACGGAAGUGGCGAAUCGUUUUCGUGAGUACAAAGCGAAGAUGGAAGGGCAACAAGGUGUUCAAAAUCGUUCGGUCUGA